GCAGGCUGGGUGGCGGGCGGCGGAGGAGGUCGCGUUGUUGUGGGACGCACCACCCGACCAACCACCACCUCGCUCACCGGUCAUGUCUAAAUAUGUUCCCAUCAGCUGAUUCCCAUUCAGGCUGUGUGUUCCUAUCAGCUGUUGUGACCUGACGCAAAAAAAUACACCAGUGAUAUAAAUCUUUGUUGAGAAAGAUAAAGAAGUUUGAGUGGAAAUGUGAUGUGUGACGGACGUGUUAUUGAUCAGUGUGAGUAUAUGUAUCUCUAGUGUGAUGUAGAGUAUGUUGGUGAGGAUCUCGUGAGUGAACACCAGUGACUAGGCAGUGUGAUGGUGAGUGUGUGGUGAGCCCAGGCUGGGGGGGCGGCACCCAGGACAGUGCCACCCACAGUGCCACCCACACAGAGUGCCCCCGCCGCCCCUUCCUGCCCCCGCCGCUAUGCCUGGACACCCUAUGCCCCCGUCGCCGCCCCUCCUCCCCGCCCCAGCCGCCACCCCAUAACAGCCACAUGCUGGCGGGUAGCGUGGAGGCGGUGCUGGGGGGCAUGCGCCGCUACACAGACCUCCGCCGCUACUCUGAAUCUGUGUUGCAGGGAUGUCGUCACUUCGCUACCGAGUGUGCCAGUGGUCUGUGUGUGUCGGGGGACGUUGGAGAGGGGCGUGGUGGCCCUCGAAUUACUCACCUCACUGGCUCCGUGGGCGUGGUCGAUGAUGAGCCACGGUUCCCACGCCUCGACCAGUGCGCCCACUUUCACUACGAGUAUGUGGAGCUCCCGCCCCUACAGGUGUCGUUGGUGUCUGAGGAGCUGAAGCCACUGUGUAGCGGAGGCAGCGGCAGCGGGAGCGGGGAGGACGCUGAGAACCGCUCACUCCUGGUGCAGGUGGCGUCCCUCGGCCGCUCCUGGGUCCUCCGCCGGACUUAUGAGAAUUUCCGCUUCCUUGACCGUCAGCUUCACCGAUGCUGCUACGACAGGAAGGUCUCCCGCCUCCCGGAGCUGCCCCCGGAGGAGAACCUACCCGGAGAUGACAGAGAG